AUGCCUCUAAUAAAUGAAUGUAUUGUUCCAGCUGUUUUGACUGUGGAUAACUCUGUGGUGGAUUUGGAGACCAUUGAGGCUUUAUAUGAAAAUGUGAGUAUUCAGAAGUGUGUUGUAAAGUCAUCCAAAAGCAUGAGAGAAAUGUGAGAUGCCAAAUUCCUUUUUAAAGGUCCAAUGCAGCUGUUUUUAUCUCAAUAUCAAAUCAUUUCUGGGUAACAAUUAAGUACCUUACUGUGAUUGUUUUCAAUUAAAAUGGUCAAAAAGAAACAAAAAUAGCUUCUUAACAAAGAGCAAUUUCUCAAGCAAGAAUUUUGCUAGGACUGUCUGGAAGUGGUCUGAGUGGGGAGGGGAAAACUGAAAAUUAGUUGUUAUUGGCAGAGAGGUUUGGAACUCUCUUUUUAAUUGGUCUAUUAACUAAUUUACCGCCGAAACAGGCACCAAUUUCCGGUGGUCUUUUCAAACAGCUCUUACACUAAAAGGGCAUUAUCAUCAUUUUCACAAUUUCAUACAAUUAUUCCAACCUCAUAGUGUGGAAAUAUAUAUAAAACGCAGGAAAAUCACGCUUUUGACUGCACUGGGCCUUUAAGUAUUUUUCUCAGCAUGCAUUUGUUAAAACUACACCAGGGUUCCAUAACAUCUGCUAGCCUACAGCUCAUUUCUCAAUGAUGUCACACUCAACAUUUGUCUAUUGUUAUUCUGUCUUGUUUUGCGUUGACUAUGUCUAAAUCGUUCAUUGUUACAGCUCUAUUGUUGUCCUCUAAUCUGUCCUGUUUGUGUGUGAUCACAGAGGGCCUCUAGUGAUGAGCUGGAGAAGAUAAAAAAACACUAUGAAACAUCCCAGGAGGACGAGGUGAAGCUACUGGACAAACCUGAACAGUAAGAGUACUUCUCCAGCACCCAAGGGUUCAGGGAGAGGGGUAGUAGAACACUGGACCCUGAAUUCUACUGCAGUCAGAGAACUAGAACCUGAUACACACAGAGAACCGUCCCCUCCAGUGAAUUCACCACGUCAACACAAUUUCAGAGGCAACUUUGAUUUUGGCUGAGAGGUUUUUUAGAAAUGCAUCAUGUGGUUUUUAAUGUGUACAGCCAGAGACAAACAGUUUGAUUUUGAAACACUUUAGUAUUUGGCAGCCUGAGGCUCACUCGUCAUAUCGAGUGGUUCUUUAGAGCCAAACCAUUAUAGGGAGAUAUUUAACAAAAACAUAACUUAGAAAAGGUGGCAUCACUUUUGUGUUUAUUUCUCUUUUAAGAAGUAAAUAAACCAAGCUCCUUAGUGUUGCUCAGACAGUAAAUAUGUGUUCCUGGUCUGUUUUGCAACCUUUGUGUAUUUAGCACUGAGGGAAUGGGCUUCUCCAUGAUCUGAAAGCUCCAUGGCUGGCUGACUGACUCGAAACAUGUGCAUGUUUGCGUGUGUGUUGAAUGUUUGUGUGUCUUACACAGCGUGUGUGUGUGCAUGCUUGUGUCCACAUGUGUGUGUCUCAGAGUGAAAGAGAGAGAUAGAUGGCUGCUGGCUCUCAGGGAGGCGUCCCUCCCAUGGGGGUUAAACGUAGCUGGCCUGUUAAUGACUUGUCACUGUGGGGUUGACGGCCAUGUUUGAACAGAGCUGUCACUAGACUGUGAGUCAUACCCACUCAGUGUCUGCCUCCAUCAGCAGUCUGAUCACACAGGAUAUUACUGCUCUCCUCGGAUAUGUCCCUGUUUACAUGAGUCGGCCUGAUGCUACCUUUGAUCAAUCAGCGCUCUGGCCCUCCUUCAGUUGACCCUGGACCUAUCAAACUAUCAGAGCAGGACGACUCAUGACUAUCAGCUGCUAGUUGAAAGCCAUACUGACUCAGCCGUGUGUGUGUGGAAGCAGCGCAGCCAAGGAUUAAAAAUAGUUCUUCCUGUCGGACAUUUUGUUUAAUUUUGUCAUAACACAUUAUUUCCCCUUGUGCAGGUUCUUGUAUGAACUCUCACAGAUUCCAGACUUCUCUGGCCGGUCCCACUGCAUUAUAUUCCAGUCUAUCUUCCUCGACUCCAUGUCCUCCAUCCACCGCAAAGUAGAAAUAGUCUCCACCUUGAGCAAAGUAAGACAUGACAUGACUUCAAUCUUAUUGGUUUGUCAGUGUAUGAGCUUAUAACAUGCUGACCGUGUGUGUGUGUGUCUGUCAGGAUCUGCUGGACUGUAGCAGUGUGAAGGAUGUGAUGGGGCUGGUCCUAGCCUUUGGGAACUACAUGAAUGGAGGCAACAGGACGCGAGGUCAGGCUGAUGGCUUUGGACUGGAGAUUCUGCCCAAACUGAAGGACGUCAAGAGCAGGGUACACUCACCACACAUGAACACAUAUUAUACUGGUUUUAUCUACAGUAUACUUUGUGUCUGAUCUCUGUAUCUUUUAGGACAAUCGUAUCAGUCUGGUGGAUUAUGUGGUUGCAUACUAUCUGCGCAAUUUCGACGAGGUACAAUAUUUAUGAACACAUUUCCUACAAUGGACUAAAAGCUAAAGACUUCUGUUUUUUACUGAUGUUUUGUCAUUUAUGGGUUGUCUGUUGGUUUACAGCAUGCAGGAACAGACAAGAGUGUAUUCCCACUUCCUGAACCACAGGAUUUCUUCCUGGCCGCUCAGGUCAAGUUUGAAGACCUCACAAAGGACAUGAGGAAGCUGAAGAGAGACCUGACUGGUAAGAUGUGUCAUUUCACUCUUUUAUAACCAACUCACAGAACACCACCAGGCAUGCAGAGAGGCAUCCUGACUUAUAUGUAGUAGGAUCCUUAUUGUAGAUUUUGUCUUCUCCCAUGUUUCAGGGUAGAUUCAGGAUCUCAGACGCUCUGAAGCAUAUUUUAUUUGUUUCCAGACAUCGUGUCAUGCCUUAUCACUCCCCCAUAUCCCCCAGCCCUGAUCAUGCUCUCUACUCUUAUGUGAGAAAUGUCAGUGUCUUCAUAUUGGCCAAAGCAAGUCUAUCUCUCUGAAACGUUUACAGAUGAUACGAAAGCUGGAUGGAAAUGCAGUAAAUGAGCAACACUCUCAUGAGAAACGUGUUCAUGUGGCUGGUAUCGGGCUCGGUGCUCGCCGGCAUGGUCUGCCCAGUUCGCCAGCCAGCUAGUCAGUUAGCCAGUCAGUGAGUCAGCCAGCCAGCCAGUAAGUCAGUGGUCCGCUGGGCCGUCCGGGGGUUAAAGGCGUUGCCCCCCAGCGCCUUGGUGUCUGUGAUUAUUUAAAUCCACCAAUAAUACGGCAUAUGAAAGCAAUUAGAUAUGCUCUCCACUCUCCCCUCCUAGUGCAGAUUGCUGUUAAACCCUGAUCCUCUCUGACCUGGGGGAAAAUACUAAGAGUCUACAAAAGAGCCCCAGACCCACCUCAAGCUGUCACUCAUUUAUUAGGAAAAAUGGAAGACUUAAACACAAUAAAUGUAACAUAAGGGCCCUCUUAUUUGAUCUCUACUGCAGGAAAAAAAUGUAACAGUCUCGCCCGGGAGUCCUCGGGGUAUUGGCAGGGAAUGGUGAGCGUGAAUUCUCAGUGUUUGGUGAGGUCCACCUAUGACUCCCAUUUUUAUCCUCCCCGACAGCCGCCAGGAAUAAAUAUUUAUGCUGCGCUAUUAUAAACCACCCUAAAGAAACCAAAUGGUCUUAAUUAUAUCAGAUCACUUCCAUUCACAUCUUAAUGGUGUCUAACUCAGAGUGGCUGGCGCUAACACUGGAUCACACCUCCAUGGACUAGAGAGUGUACUGCUGAGAGGAGAAGAGGUUACCGGGGCUGAAUUCUACAUAUGAAAGCAGCUCCUUAUCCAUGCAGCACUAUGGCUGGGGAGUCUCAUGAUGACUCCUGUUUUACUCUUUGAUGCCUUAGUAAGGUUCAGGGAUGUUCAGGCAAUAGAUUUCUCCCUCCAUAUUCCUCUUCUCCAGAGUGAGGCUCUCCUAAGUAGUCAAGCAGAUGUAUGUAUGUGCGUGUCUGGUCCGAGACGAUGCACGGGAGCAGGUCAGACUCCUUGGCCUAGCGGCAGCCCUCUCCUUCACUCCACCGUGCAGAAACAUGAUCCUCAUUUGAUCUGCCUUCCUGUUUGGGCAGGAGGUGAUGACCUCUCUCUGGGUCUCUCUCUGGGGAUAGGGGGGUGGGGGUUAGGGUGAGGGUGCUAGGAUCCAUCCAUCCCUUCUCUCCUGCACAAGGAGCAAUGCUACUAAGACCUGCAUGUUGCACUGUGUUUUCCCUAGAGUCUUCUGAGGCUGUCCCUUUCUAUGUGUCCACAGAGGUGCCUGUCCCUUUCAAUGUGUCCACAGAGGUGUCUGUCCCUUUGGGGGCUACAGUACAUGUAGAUGUUCCUGGAGAGUAUCCGUAGUUCACCCAGUCCCAGGGCUCAUGUGGGGACAGAGAGGGACCUUUCCUCCCAUCAAGGGCAGCGGAGGCCACGGCCACGUAAAGCUCUCUUCAACUGCUGGGUAAUUGGGGCGGACAGUGGGGCGGACAGUGAGCCAGGGACGCUACUGAAUGAAAUAGUAUCAAAUAAAAUAGAACAGUCAGAGCUCAUUUACUGCCCAGGGGAGUUUAGUGUUUCACAGAAGGCCUGUGCGGGGUUAGGCAUUCAUCACCAUGGCAAAUCAGACAGUGUCUUUAUUUUAAAUGCCCCUUAAUGUCAGGUCGAGGCAAGGCCUUUACCCUGAAGCCAGUUUUACGACAGAGGCUCCAGUUGGAAUUCCAUGUGUGGAGUCGUUGGGGUAGAGUACCGCCACCUCUCCUCCCCAAACAACAGUUAAAUAUAGGCUCCUCAGCUUGCUGAAAUACAGGCGCAAGAUGCAGGGAACAUGCGGAGGGUGGAGAAUACAUUUACUUUUUUUAAGGGGGGGGGGGGGGGGGGGGGUAGAUCAUCUAUGAAAUUAGUAGAUAGAAUUUAAGUCUAUCCAGUAACAUUACUUGCAUCAUUUUUAAUCCCCUUUUUAUUAUGUCCCUACCCCCUCUCCCCUGGUUGGAGCACUUGGUGGAAAACAUUACAAUUCUAGAAAUAUAUAUAUCAAUCAAUCAAAUGUAUUUUUAAAGCCAUUUUUACAUCAGCAGAUGUCACAAAGUGCUAUACAGAAACCCAGCCUAAAACCCCAAUCAGCCAGUAAUGCAGAUGUGUGUGUGUAUAUAUAUAUAUAUAUAUAUAUAUAUAUAUAUAUAUAUAUAUAUAUAUACACUACCAUUCAAAAGUUUGGGGUCACUUACAAAUGUCCUUGUUUUUUAAAGAAAAGCAUUUUUUUUGUCCAUUAAAAUAACAUCAAAUCGAUCAGAAAUACAAUAUAUUGUUAAUGUUGUAAAUGGCUAUUGUAGCUGGAAACAGCAGCUUUUUUAUGGAAUAUCUACAUAGGCGUACAGAGGCCCAUUAUCAGCAACCAUCAGUCCUGUGUUCCAAUGGCACAUUGUGUUUGCUAAUCCAAGUUUAUCAUUAGAAAACCCUUUUGCAAUUAUGUUAGCACAGCUGAAAACUGUUGUGCUGAUUAAAGAAGCAAUAAAACUGGCCUUCUUGAGACUAGUUGAGUAUCUGGAGCAUCAGCAAUUGUGGGUUCGAUUACAGGCUCAAAAUGCCCAGAAACAAAUAACUUUCUUCUGAAACUCAUCAGUCUAUUCUUGUUCUGAGAAAUGAAGGCUAUUCCAUGCGAGAAAUUGCCAAGAAACUGAAGAUCUCGUACAACGCUGUGUACUACUCCCUUCACAGAACAGCGCAAACUGUCUCUAACCAGAAUAGAAAGAGGAGUGGGAGGCCUCGGUGCACAACUGAGCAAGAGGAAAAAUACAUUAGAGUGUCUAGUUUGAGAAACAGAUGCCUCACAGGUCCUCAACUGGCAGCUUCAUUAAGUAGUACCCGCAAAACACCAGUCUCAACGUCAACAGUGAAGAGGCGACUCCGGGAUGCUGACCUUCUAGGCAGAGUUGCAAAGAAAAAGCCAUAUCUCAGACUGGCCAAUAAAAGAUUAAGAUGGGCAAAAGAACACAGACACCGGACAGAGGAAGAUUGGAAAAAAAGUGUUAUGGACAGACGAAUCGAAGUUUGAGGUGUUCGGAUCACAAAGAAGAACAUUUGAGAGACGCAGACCAAAUGAAAAGAUGCUGGAGGAGUGCUUGAUGCCAUCUGUCAAGCAUGGUGGAGAAUAUGUGAUGGUCUGGGGGUGCUUUGGUGGUGGUAAUGUGGGAGAUUUGUACAGGGUAAAAGGGAUCUUGAAGAAGGAAGGCUAUCACUCCAUUUUGCAACGCCAUGCCAUACCCUGUGGACGGCUCUUGAUUGGAGCCAGUUUCCUCCUACAACAGCACAAUGACCCAAAGCACAGCUCCAAACUAUGCAAUAACUAUUUAGGGAAGAAGCAGUCAGCUGGUAUUCUGUCUAUAAUGGAGUGGCCAGCACAGUCACCGGAUCUCAACCCUAUUGAGCUGUUGUGGGAGCAGCUUGACCGUAUGGUAUGUAAGAAGUGCCCAUCAAGCCAAUCCAACUUGUGGGAGGUGCUUCAGGAAGCAUGGGGUGAAAUCUCUUCAGAUUACCUCAACAAAUUGACAACUAGAAUGCCAAAGGUCUGCAAGGCUGUAAUUGCUGCAAAUGGAGGAUUCGUUGACGAAUCGAAUUGUGAAGGACACAAUUAUUAUUUCAAUUAAAAAUCAUUAUUUCUAACCUUGUCAAUGACUACAUUUCCUAUGCAUUUUGCUAUAUUUCCUAUUCAAACUCAUUUCAUGUAUGUUUUCAUGGAAAACAAGGACAUUUCUAAGUGACCGCAAACUUUUGAACGGUAGUGUAUAUAUACACUACAAGUCAAAGGUUUGUACACACCUACUCAUUCAAGGGUUUUUCUGUAUUUUACAAUUUUCUACAUUGUAGAAUAAUAGUGAAGACAGCAAAACUAUGAAAUAACACAUAUGGAAUCAUGUAGUAAAAGGUGUUAUAUAUUUUACAUUUGAGAUUCUUCAAAUAGCCACCCUUUGCCUUGAUGACAGCUUUGCACACUCUUGGCAUUCUCUCAAACAGCUUCACCUGGAAUGCUUUCCAACAGUCUUGAAGGAAUUCCCACAUAUGCUGAGCGCUUGUUGGCUGCUUUUCCUUCACUCUGAGGUCCGAUUCAUCCCAAACCAUCUCAAUUGGGUUGAGGUCGGGGGAUUGUGGAGGCCAGGUCAUCUGAUGCAGCACUCCAUCACUCUCCUUCUUUGUAAAAUAGCCCUUACACAACCUGGAGGUGUGUUGGGUCAUUGUCCUGUUGAAAAACAAAUGAUAGUCACACUAAUCCCAAACCAGCUGGGAUGGCGUAUCGCUGCAGAAUGCUGUGGUAGCCAUGCUGGUUAAGUGUGCCUUGAAUUCUAAAAAUAUCACAGACAGUCUCACCAGCAAAGCACCCCCACACCAUAACACCUCCUACUCCAUGAUUUACGGUGGGAAAUACACAUGCGGAGAUCAUCCGUUCACCCACACCGCGGUUGGAACCAAAAAUCUCAAAUUUGGACUCCAGACCAAAGGACAAAUUUCCACCGGUCUAAUGUCCAUUGAUCGUGUUUCUUGGCCCAAGCAAGUCUCUUCUUCUUUAUUGGUGUCCUUUAGUAGUGGUUUCUUUGCAGCAAUUCGACCAUGAAGGACUGAUUCACACAGUCCCCUCUGAACAGUUGAUGUUGAGAUGUGUCUGUUACUUGAAAUCUGUGAAGCAUUUAUUUGGGCUGCAAUUUAUGAGGCUGGUAACUCUAAUGAACUUAUCCUGUGCAGCAGAGGUAACUCUGGGUCUUCCUUUCCUGUGGCGGUCCUCAUGAGAGCCAGUUUCAUCAUAGCGCUUGUUGGUUUUUGCGACUGCACUUGAAGAAACGUUCAAAGUUCUUGAAAUGUUCCGUAUUGACUGACCUUCAUGUCUUAAAGUAAUGAUGGACUGUCGUUUCUCUUUGGUUAUUUGAGCUGUUCUUGCCAUAAUAUGGACUUGGUCUUUUACCAAAUAGGGCUAUCUUCUGUAUACCCCCCCUACCUUGUCACAACAAAACUGAUUGGCUCAAACGCAUUAAGAAGGAAAGAAGGGUCAACACUGCAAAUAUUGACUCUUUGCCUAAACUUAAUGUAAUUGUCAAUAAAAGCCUUUGACACAUAUGGAAUGCUUGUAAUUAUACUUCAGUAUACCAUAGUAACAUCUGACAAAAAUAUAUCAUAACACUGAAGCAGCGAACUUUGUGAAGACCAAUACUUGUGUCAUUCUCAAAACUUUUGACCACGACUGUAUAUAUGUUUAUUACCCAAUUGACUGGACUCCAAGUGUAUCGGCCAAUCAAUCAAUCACUCCAAUCUUAAUUCCAACCCUCAGAUGUCCACAGACUAACCCAUCUUUCCCAGUACACUACCAUUUUACUCUUUCCUUUUGCAAUACUGUACAUCCUUCUAUGGUACUGUGAUGUAUUAUGAGGGUCUUGAACCUCUCUAUUUGUACCAUUUAUACCGAGAUUGCCCUAAAAAUAAAUACUUUACCUUAGAGUAUAAUCAUAUUCCCAUUGAUUGAUAGUGGUUUUUCAGAUCUCCUAACAGGACUGUUUCUACGUCCAUCUGAACACAGACAUUAUGACUUAACAACCACUCCUGGACCUGACUCCAAGAGCGACCCACCGAAGGGCAAUAGGAGAAUACAGUCUUUGUAAACUCAAGACCCACACGUAGGAAUAUUAAACAGUGUUCAAUGAUUUAUAUUAUUGAGUCUUGGUAGCAGGCCAUACAUUGAAUGAUGAUGAUGCCUUUUCAACAGAUAUGUCCAUACAUUUCUUCACCUUAAGAUGAGUACCUUUUUUCCCUCUUAGAUAUGGAGCCAAUUGAAACCAAAUAUAUUGUCUAUAUAUUUGUAUGAUUUCCUCAAACUAUGACCUCACAAGCAUUCCCUUACAGCGGAACAGAGCCCAGGGGUGCACUCUAGCUGACACCCUGGACCUUGGAGAACCAUGUCUUACAACAAUGAUUAGUUUCCAGGGCUGUGUGUACACAGUAUGUCAGCACUGUGUUCUCAGACAGGCUCUAUGUAGGAGGUGGGCCAGGGUUGGAUUCUGGAUGGGUCCAGGCUGAUAGAGAUAUAUUUAUCUUAGAGGGAGGAGCUGGUGUCUUACCUUUACAAUAAGCCUCCUGGCUGGCCCCAUGUAGCAUGGGGUUUGGGUCUGGCAACCCUUGAGAAUAUGGGCAUCAAAUCAUCCUGCCAUCAUAUCUGUCUAAUAUCGCCACUCUAAACCCAAAUAAACCUGUACGGACAUCACAGAUGUAGAAGUUUUGAACUAGAUUCCUCUACAUGUAUUUGGAUACUGAGAAUAUGUGUGGGCAUUUCAUGUAUUGCUUACAUUUCAUGAUGAGUAAUUCUGUGAAUUAAGAUUAAUUUGAUCUUGAUUUACACAUAUCAGUCACUUUCCACAAUAAUUCUGAAUCCACUGUCUAUGUUGGCUGACCCUGGCUGGAAAUGGUAGGGAGCUUCUGUCUGUCUGUCUCCCAGCAUGCAGCAUUGUGUCUGUGGUGGGAGACAGGUCCCCUGUGACCUGGUGACUGGACAGAAAGCCAGACAGGACAAACAACGCUGACGGCAGCAGUACGGUCAGCUUCUGUCUGACCAUGAUGUGAACAUAGGGUGCCAAACACAAUCCUUAUAAACUGCUGGCUCUGCUAUUUGAUACUGUGCCUCAGCAGUUAACUGGUUAAUACAGGUCACCGAUAGGAAAGCAACCCCCUUGUGGCAGUCAUUUGCGACAGAGUUUUUUCCUCUGAAAGAAGAGCCUCAAGUGCAGUCUUUCUCUCGCCCCUUCUCUCCCCCUCUCUCUCCCCUUCUCUCCCCUUCUAAAUCUCUCUCUCUGCUGCUGUGCCCACAGAGAAACUGAUACGGUUGUUUGGGCACAGAGAGCCCAGAUGAACACUCACUGGCCAAUUAGAGAACAGCAUGGACAUAUUUACAGUAAUGGGAUUAGGUGGCUCUGGGCAGAGCAGGCCCCUGAGAGCAGAGCGGGCUUCAGUUGGCCUGUUACAAUGUCAUAAUACUGUUAAACUGUAUAUCCCCAGGUGACUUCUGCAUUAGAAAGAGCUCACUCCCUCCUCCGCCUCUUCCUCCUACCAACCCGCCGUGAUUAUGCAUUGUCACUGUAAGACAAUGUCCUAAACCAAAGGCCCACUGGGUUUUUAUUUCAUGCAGCUGCUGAUGUUUUUUGGGCUUCCUUCUUGUGGCCUACGCUGUCUGACCAUAUUUUGGAGGAGAGCCGUCUCUAAAUUUUAGUCUUGCUGUUUUGAACACCCUUUAAUGUGCCCACUUGAGACGGGGGUUUUAAGGAGAGGGAGCGAAUACUUUUUAAAAAGUAGGAUAUUUUCAGUCAUGUUAGAGCUGUCUCACUUGAUCAGGUGUGUGUCAUGGUUGCCCCUCAGCUGUGGAUGAUGUGAUUGGAAUAGUAUCUUUGCUUAUUCAAGUAGUGUGCGGUAGUUCAAGUUCCUCAGCUUUCAAGAGCAACUAUUCCUCCGACCCUUUAAAAGGAUAGUGGGUAACUGGGCAUAUUCACCUGUUCUUAAUACAUCCCUCUGGAUUGUUCUGGAAACCAGUGAACCAGUCUCAGACUCUGACCAAACAGUGUUCCUGUUGUGUUGUUAAGACAUUAAGCGAUGCAGUAAUAACCAACAGAAGUUAUUUACUGCACUUCUUUAUGACUUACAGCUUUGAGUAAGUUAUUUUGGCAGGCGGCUCUGUAUAUAUCAUCCCACAUUGAUUGUUAGGAGGAAAUGAAAUAGUUUGGCUCGCGCUCCGUCAAGUCAUCGGCCGUUUCCUUUGAGUCCGUGUGAGCUAGGUGGUUUGGCAGGACAACAAAGGCCCAUCCAGAGCAAACAACAAACAAGGAUUCCACAUUCAGCCAUCACCCACAUGUACAGUUCCAUGGUGGAAAGCCAGAACAGGACAGGGCGAUCUACUGCCAGCAUGUCCCAUCUAGCUAGUGGGCCAUACACUCAAUAUGUUACGUGGCUGUUCCAGUAUCUGUGGCUUCAACAUAUUAUGUCUUAUCUCCUCUCAUUUUUUCAGAGUAACAGAUUGAACACCCUGCUCCCAUGCAAAAGUCUUUGGACAAUUGAAGUACAACUAUAUUUCCAUCAUCUGUCUAUUGAAUGUGUUUAUGAAGAUUUAUAAUCAAUUUCUUAUUUUUGCCCCCAGAAAAUGGUGUUAAAGCCCCUUUAAAGACUAUUACUUGGCUUUACUGAUAAUGAAACAUGAUCUCUGUUUCCAUUUUGAAUGCAGACCAAGCUCAUUUAAAGUGAUUGCCAGUUCUCUUUAAUAGCCAUCUGGUUGGGAUGUUUUGGAGUAGAUUCACACACGUAUUUUCCCUCAAAUGUUUCCCCUCGGCAGGCUUUGGUUAACUAACUUAUGAAAGUGUUGGAAAGGUGAUACCCACUCUCACAUGUCAUUAAUUAAUGUGCUACAUUUGCUGUUUGGGCACGCUAGUUAUUGUUUUAUACCUUAGCCCAAUGAUGAGGCUCUGACAAUAAAAAACCCAUGCCAAUUUCACACAGUACACCAUAGUACACAUUCUACUCUCUCACACUUUCUCUCCUCCACCCACCCCAGGCCAGAGCUUUUUUAAUCCAUUCCUGCUGAGAAAUGUUCAAUAUUGAACAUUUCCUAUUUCUCUCUCCCCCAGCGUGUGAAAAGGAUGUGCAGAAGGUGUGUGCUAACUCCUCCGAGGAGAACCUCCAGCCCUUCAAGGAGAAAAUGGAGGCCUUCGUCUCGACCGGUGAGUAA